AUGGCGACACAAUUCCCGGAAAAGAAGUGCGGUGUACUGGGUGCAACUGGCUCGGUUGGACAGCGAUUCAUCCUGCUCCUGCAAAACCACCCCUUCCUUAAGCUUGUCGCCGUCGGCGCAUCUCCGCAGUCCGCAGGCAAGAAGUACCGCGAUGCAGUCAAGUGGAAGCAGUCCACCCCAAUGGGGGACGUGGGCGAUCUGGUCGUCAAGGAGUGCAAGUCGAGCGAGUUCAAGGACUGUGACAUCGUAUUCAGUGGCCUGGACGCCAACAUAGCAGGAGACGUCGAGAUGGACUUCCUCAAGGCCAACCUCGCCGUCUUCUCCAACGCAAAGAACUACCGCCGCGACCCCCUCGUGCCCCUCGUGGUCCCCACAGUCAACCUGUCGCACCUCUCCCUCAUCCCCCACCAGCGCAAGCAGCACAACCUCGAGAAGGGCUUCCUAGUCUGCAAUAGCAACUGCGCCGUCAUCGGUCUCGUCAUCCCCUUCGCCGCCAUGCAGGCCCGAUUCGGCCCCAUCGAGACCGUCUCCGUCGUCACCAUGCAGGCCGUCAGCGGCGCGGGCUACCCGGGCGUAAGCUCCAUGGACAUCAUCGACAACGUGGUGCCCUUCAUCUCGGGCGAGGAGGACAAGCUGGAGACAGAGGCGCAGAAGAUUCUGGGCGGCAUCAAUGCCGACGCCACCGCCUUCGAGGAGCUCAAGAGCCUCAAGGUCUCCGCCUCCUGCAAUCGCGUGCCGGUCCUGGACGGCCACGUCGCGUGCGUGUCGCUGCGCUUCGCCAAGAGGCCGCCGCCCAGCGCCGAGGAGGUCCGCGAGGCGCUGAAUGGCUACGUGAGCGACGUCGAGAAGCUUGGCUGCCCGUCGGCACCCAAGCCUAGCAUCAAGGUGUUUGGCGACGACCAGCCGGACCGGCCGCAACCGAGGCUGGACCGUGAGCUGUCCAGGGGCUACACUGUCAGUGUGGGCCGUGUGAGGGAGGAUGACAGCGGCAUCUUCGAUCUCAAGUUUGUUGCAUUGAGCCAUAACACUGUCAUCGGAGCUGCUGGCUCCUCGAUAUUGAACGCCGAGGCUGCUGCAUUGAAGGGCUACAUCUAA